AUGAGAUCCGUGAACUUUAUUGUAUUGGUCGGUGUGUCAUACGGGAAAGAAUGUUUGGCUCCAUUUCUAGGAGAUCAGAUAGGAUGCACACCAUGUGGUGACGCUGACUUAAGGGUGGACAAAGAUACACAAAGCUCGUUAUGCGUACGGAAUGAUCACUAUUUCCAAUGCUACGAUAGAAUUGCUGACUGCUGUGCGUCUGAGGAUAUCAAGCAACAUCGAGUGUCAGAGCAUUGUAUAUACGAGUACAACCACCCUUCGAUUUGUAACAAGUACGUGUCAAGAACGAGUGCUUACACUAAUGAGGAAUGCCAGGCAGAUUGUGAAGUUGUGGAAGCUUCAGGAAUGGAUAUACUAAGUGCUUCUUCACUGCAGGAGAAAUGUAUGUCUGAACACUUCACAGUGGAUCUGGACGACAAGGUCACCCCUACAGGUGUCUGCUUUGACAAUUGGGUUUACGGGUACAAUGAGCCCGACACUUUGUCGGGGUAUAAGGUUCUUGAGGAGAUUCCAACUCCCGCUCUGUGCCAGGCUGAAUGUCAGAAGGACCCGGACUGUGUGAGGUUCCUCUGGUCUUAUGACGCAGUAGAGAUGGGAUAUGAGUAUGAUAGAGCCGCUCGAUGCCAUCUGAA